AUGUCGGACAAUCCGUUUGCUGAUCCGUUUGCGGCUCCACCACCAAAAGCGACGCCAGCAGCACCGGUUGCUGCCUCCUCAUCGGGCGGUACCGAAGACUUCAAUCCGUUUGCGAAUCGAGCCGGCCGCUCCUCAUCGUCAAAUAUAGCUCAACCCAGCACUCAUCAGUCAACGACUUCGGGAAAAUCUGGAAUGGACGAUGAGCUGUUCAGAAAACAACAGGAUUUGGAGCGUCGUGCUCAGGAAUUGCGAAUGAGAGAAGAGGAGUUGGAUAGAAGGCAACGAUCGAAUGCUGCCAAUAAUUUGAACACAGGAGCGGCGAACAACGCGCCACGCCCACACAACUGGCCCCCACUCCCAACGAUCAUUCCAAUCGAGCCAUGCUUCUAUCAAGACAUCGAAGUGGAGAUUCCAGUGCAAUUCCAAAAAACCGUCACCCUGGCCUACUACGUCUUCCUCACCUACGUUCUGGCCUUGGUCGUCAACGUCGUAGCCUCUCUGUUCUAUAUGAUAUGGGGUGGAGGAUCCAUCGGCCAGUUGUUCUUGGCUUGCAUCCAACUGGCACUCUUCUCACCAUGCUCGUUCCUCUUCUGGUUCCGUCCCGUCUACAAGGCAUUCCGAAAUGACUCUUCAUUCAAUUUCAUGGUCUUCUUCUUUGUUCUAUUCUUCCAUUGCAUUUUUACAUUCGUUCAAACUUUGGGACUUUCGAAUUACGCUUGUGGAUGGAUCAAUGCGUUGGACACUUUUAAGGUUUCUGUCCCAAUCGCCCUUCUGAUGCUCAUCUCGGCCAUCACCUUCACCGUCGCCCUGACCGGAAUGGUCACCGCACUGGUCAAAGUGCACCGCCUGUAUCGUGGAGCCGGCUUCUCGAUUGACAAGGCUCGUCAGGAGUUCACGAAUGGUGUCAUGUCGGAUGCUGGCGUCCAGAGAGCCACUGCGGCAGCCACUCAGGCGGCAGCCGGUGCGGCAUUCAAUCAGGCCACUCAGGGACGCUUCUAA